AUGGAUGUUCCCAGAGAUGGACUCUUCAAUAACUCCAAGAACGGGGUACACAACAGAACAGAAGAAAAACGGUUUGUUUUUGCUUUUCAAAAUAGUCCAAUGAAUUCCAUGGUGAAGCGCAAUGACGUAAGUGAGGCCGGAAGAAGCGCUCCUUGCGCGAAAUUACCGGUGAUCGCCUCUGAGCGCCCACGCAUACCUGCAGUCCUGAUCCUAAGGCACGUCCAUAUAGGAGCUUUGAGUCUCGUACUUAGCGGUAUCCCAAUUUAUCAAAAGCAUGGUAUCCCACUUUAUCCAAAGCAUGCCAGGGCAGAGAGGCGAAGAACCACCGUGGUCAAAUUUGAUAGAGUCCGGGGGUUUGGCACCUUAAUGGACUGCUACCAUGGGGGCACCGUCCUUGUCAACCAACUAGCAGUCAAGAGAAACUACCUUCCCACACAUUUACACUCUUUGGAGAGCGGGGAGAUCAUGGAGUACACCCCAGUCCGCAGUACACAAGGAGAAUGGGCGGCAGCUGUGACCAGAAUGAAGAACCACACACAGUUCCCCUUUGUCUGUUUUCCCAUGAAGGAAUGGGAGUCGGAUCCUUUUGGCUUACUACCUCCACGUGUCAAGGGCCAAGUGAUGGAGGAGGAGGAGCUUCUGCCCGGGGCACCCGUCAUGGCACAAAGUACCAUCCAGAUCCAAGAAUGAAGCCUACAGAUGUGCCCAGGCCUACUCCUGGCAAUGAGGACGUUUGACCUACUCAACGGGCACCAACUAAAGUGCCUCGGCCUACUCCUGCUGAGGAAGAGGUUUGGCCGGCCCAGCAGACACCAACACUUUGUCCCUCAGUGGUGCAAGCUACUGCGGUACAGAUGGUAACAGUGAGCCCCACCAUCACUGAUUCCAGGUUAUACCAAGUAUCGUGGAACACCACAGUCAGUCCCUUAGAGGGGGCAUAGUCCCAUGGUCCCUGCUACAUGUCUCAGCCCAGGAAGCAUCCUGACAGGCGAGGCUGGGAUGGCAAGUUUCCUGGAUAAGUCAUUUGUCCUCGCAUUGUUUUCUUUACACUACCAGUCGUGAGACUAAAGUUGUUUUGUGGAGUACCACUACUGUUUUUCAGGUUCCAACGCAACUUUUAAGCAAUGUGCCUGGCGGACAAGCCAAGAACUACACCGUGACCAAAAAUCGUAAGCUUAUGUGCCCGCCUUCAGCCGUGAUCCUUUACUACAAACUCAAAGUACCUGGAACUGUAGAGCGGUACUAAAAUUUCUACAAAAAAGAGUAAUAUAU